CUUUCUCCGCAGUCGAACAUCUGUUUAGUUUUGGUGAACCAUCGCACAAAAAAUGUCGCUAUCUUCAAUUUUAUAAUUUUUUAUUCGACCAUUUUGAGAUUCAUAUUCAUUAAGACUAUUAUUCUUUUCAGAUGGACUAUCUGACUAAAUAAAAAUAUAUAAAUAUCUUGUCAUUUGACUGUCUCUCUGCUUUUUUGGUUAUAUAUACCCAAGCGACAAUUAUUAUGAAAUAGUCUAUUAAUGAUCAUGCAUAAUGCCAUUCAUUCUUUUAGAAAAAUCUGGACCUGGAAAUGCUGCAGCAUCAGCUACUUCACCAACGAUUGGUUUUUAACACCAAUAAUUUUUUCAAUGUCGAUCUGAAAUUUUUUAAAUUUGAUGAUUGGAUCCGUUAUUACUUACUUGGUCAUACUGUUGCAGUUUGAUAUUUAACUAAAUAUGUGUGUAGGGGCAAUUCAUUACCUGUCAACUGAUCAUAAAAUAUGCAAAAGUGCAAUAAAGCAAAUUAUCGUCGAUCAUAAUGUUACAAAUUUUCAGUACACAGACGGUGGUAUCGAAAAUGGAAACGCAUUUUGUAGCUAUCAAUUGGGGAUUAUUCGUAAUUUUUCUUAACAUUGGCCUAGCGCCAUUUUCAUUUAAUAGAAAAACUGGUCAUAUCACGGAAAAUGUAGCGAAAAUAUUGUGGUCUAUUCUCGUACUAAUCAUAUUCUCAUUAAACUUUUGUUAUCAACAUAAAGCAAAAAUGUUUACACACAAUUGGCAUGGACUGAUGAUUGCUUUUUCUGAAUGGGUAGUUCUAAUAUUGGCACUUGCUACAUUAACUAGUUCAAUUCUACAAGCAUUGCUUUGCCGAAAAACACAAAUGUUGCUUCUAUAUGAGCUUAAUGAAGUAGACUUCAUAUUUCGCAAACAUUUUUCAACAAAACUGGCCGAAAAAAAAAUUAUGCACCGUACUUUGCUAAAACUUGCAUUUUUCGGAGGCAAUUUUAUACUGAAGAACUCGAUGGUAGUUAAUGGACAAAAUAUCAGCACUAUACUGCACAGCCUUCACUUGGCACUCCCUAUAAUGCCAGUAAUGAUCAGACUUUUAAUGCAAAUCUUUUAUAUCGAUUCUGUAAGCGAACGACUGAGAGUCCUGAAUGAGGAAUUGCGUAUCUGUGGAGAAUUGUUCGACUCAACGACGCAGAAUCGAGAAGCGCAUAGGAAAGUUAUCGUAAAAAUUCAGUUUACAUACACCAAAAUCUGGAAAUGUUUCAAAAAAAUAAAUACAAUUUUCGGAUGGUCUUCUAUAUUGUUGGUACUGAAGCAAUUUGUGUAUCUAAUAGUCCUUAGCUUUUGGUGUAUAAACAAACCGAAAAAAAUGGGAAUCAAUUUGUGGGAGCAAACAGAAUUGGCAUUGGAAAUAGUAACCGUCAUUAGCGCUUUAUUCUUACUCUGUCAUUCCGCAGCAGGUUGCAAGAAAGAGGCAUCUAGAACAGCUCAAGUAUUACUGAAGCCUGUGGAGUAUAAUCUCGAGAAUUGGGAUGCUCGUGAUUUUCUAUCCCAGCUACAACAUCAGUCUUUUGAAAGUACGGCGAAUAGAUUCUUUAAUAUAGACUACAGCCUGCUAGGAUCGACGUUGGCAGCAACAGUUACCUAUAUCGUCAUAAUGCUUCAACUAGAGCAAAAUUGAAACUAUGUACCAGUCUUGAUUUAGUUAAUUAUUCCUCAUCGACCAGCAAACUGCAGAUAAUGCUCACUCAAUCUGUCACUGGAAAGCUAUGGAAUAUGUUACUGAUAACAACAAACACACAGAGCUAGUAGAGAGAGGGGGGUACACUAGAUACUGGAUAAGAUCAACAACCCACGACUUUUUCUAGGAAACGAACCUUGAAUGAAAUGAAAAUGCAAUACAUGCUUGUCACUGUUAAGGCUAUUAUUUUGAACUUAUUGAAGCUUCUGUAUUUAUAUGUCAAAAGUAUGAACAUUAAACUAAACAUGUAAAACAUAUGUUUGUACGGGGUAUUGCUUGUCGUUGGCAGGCUUUAAUAUUUUUACAACACAAAUAGCAUCAGUAUUAUUAUUUGUAGGUUUAAGAAAUCAUGUGCAGAGAGUAAGACCGACAUUCGUCCGGUUGGACACAAUAUUAGGAUGGUUAAUUACACUCAUAAUUCAAUUAAAUCUGUUGAGAAUAUUUAUAUGACGAUAGGGUUGCCACCCCUCCGGGUUUGACCCGGAGACUCCGGUUUUCGGAAGCGAUCUCCGGGCCUCCGGAUUUUACAUCAAUUUCUCCGAGUUUGGUGGGAAGAAGCGCUAUUUUGAUUUUUGUGGAAUUAUUUUAUUCUUUACAAAAUAUUUAAAAAGUCUAAGUAAACUAUUACUCUGGUUCAGAUUUAUUUUAUCCGACUAACUCUUCGUUUCAAGGUGACGAGGAUGAGUUCACCAAAUAUUGCUGAUUUCUUUCACAAAGCAAUGAAAAUGAAAAAUAAAUCAAAUUUACUCCAAAUUAAGGAAAGUAAUAUUUCGCUGUAUGCUACAAUUGCAAUGUUGCAUCCCACUAAGUCGCUCAAAAUGGUGUAAAAAAUUAUUUUGCUGCAAUUUUACCAAAUCACUUCACCGUUAGUGGUGCUGCACCAAGGUAUGGCAGAUUUGUUCCAAUCCAACUGGCUAGAGCAACAUCACACGAGUUCUUCCGGUGCUGUUGCUACUCCUGCAGCGACCCUUAACUGUUGGCUUGAAAGGUGAGUUUUACCCCUUUGUUGCGACCUCUGGUGAUGAAUAACCGACACCACAAAGUGCUUCCCAUGCUAUACCGCUGCCCUGUCUCCUUUGCUCGCCUUUUCCUGUUAGUUGUGGAGGAGAGCAAUGCUCGUUCCGCUUAUCCUCCACAGCGAGAGUAGCUGGUGCUUUUAUAUUCUAUACACUUAGUCGGGGAAGUGAAAUACUAUACCUUAUUAAACCGACAAAAUCGUUCUCAAACGUGAACAAUUUACAGCUUUACUCUAACGUAGUAAUAAAAAGCAAUUAAACUACUCUAAAAUGCCGAGCAAUCGCUUUGAUCCAAAUUUCUGUCUAGUUCCACGCAAAAUCCCCCCCCCCCCCCUUCGCCGGUCUGUAAAAAUCUCCGGGUCAAAGCCUCUCCAGAGGUGGCAACCCUAUAUGACGACCACACUGUUAUCACAUUUUGCAAUAAUAAAAUGACCCGAGGGUUUAAGCUUGAAACUAAAUUUAAAAGAAACGCAAAAAAGUUUAAUUUAAAUGUCUAUUAUCAAACAUAAACAAGUGUAAUUAUAUUUAUGGAGAUAAUGAGCCUAUUUGCGUCAAGUAUUGUAUCGCUAUGAAAUAUGUUGGUAUAGGUUUGAUGCUAGCAAAUCAUAGAUAUAUAGAACUCUUUCAGAAGAAUUUUAUGUCGGCCAUCAAUGAAAACCAGUAAUGCAUUUAUGACUCGUUUUUAGUAAUUAAAUUGAUUUUUUCCGUACCAUACCGAUAGGUUUGUUCUAAAAUAAAUCGGAGUAAUUUUAAA